UGGCGGUUCCCCUCCCUGCGUGGAGCCGGUUUGUGGUGGUGGGAGGGGGGAUUGCAGGAGUCACCUGCGCCGAGCGGGUAGGUACUAUAUUUGCCCUUUUCCGGUCCUCUGGGAUGUCCCAAAACUUCAGCAUGAAUUCAUGAGACAAGGUUAACUACGACUUUGCCAAAGGAUUAGAUUGCAUCAUGGGGAUGUGCUUACCAUCCUGGGAUGCAGUUCUUUCCAUCCCAUCAUUCCUUGGGCUUCCUACUUCCAUUUUAUGCCAUUUUUUAACAGCCCUUGUAAACUGUGCACUUGGCAACUGUGCCUAACAGCAUGGAUCCUGAGCUUCUGACCAUUCCGGUGAUGAGUCUGAUGAACACAGUGUGGCUGGUCUUGCAGUAUUUCAUGAGCUGUGAAACAGAGAGUGAACUAGUGAUGCCUGCCCUGCUGUCUGCGGUGGAAAUAAAUAAUUCAAGAUUGCUGCUGGCAUUCACAGAUCAGCUUUCCACAGUGGACCAUUGAUACUGGGAUCGGGCAACAAGCACUGAGUGGCGAGAUUGCAUUGUAAUGCAUGUAUGGGAUGACGAGCAGUGGCUGCAGAACUUUUGGAUGCGCAAAGUCACCUUUCUGGAACUGUGUGUGGAGCUCGCUCCAGCACUGCAGCUUAAGAACACCAGAAUGAGAGCUGCUCUGACUGUGGAAAAGCAAGUGGCGAUUGCUGUGUGGAAGCUGGCAACUCCAGACUGCUUCCAAUCAGUUGUGAAUCAGUUUGGAGUUGGAAAGUCCACCAUGGGGGCUGCGGUGAUGCAAGUGUGCAGGGCCAUUAACCACCUCCUGCUACAAAGGACUGUGACUGUUAGUAAUGUCCAGGAAAUAAUUGAUGACUUUGAGGCAAUGGUAUUCCGUAACUGCGAUAGGAUGAUAGAUAGAACGCAUAUUCCCAACCAUCUUGCGACAGAGUACAUCCACCGAAAGGGCUACUUCUCCAUGAUCUUGCAGGUGCUGGUGGAUCACGGGAGCCAUUUCACUGACAUCAAUGCGGGGUGGUCAGGGAAAGUGCAUGAUGCACUUUUGGAACAGUGGACUGUAUAGAAAGCUGCAUGCUGGGAUUUUCUUUCCAGACCAGAAGAUUCCAGUGAGGGAAUAUGAAAAUUCCCAUAGUGAUCCUUGGAGAGCCGGCACACACCUUGCUCCUGGAGCUCAUGAAGACUUACACAGGAAACCUAGACAGCAGCAAGGAGCAAUUCAACAACAGGCUUAGCAGAUGCCGAAUGACCAUUGCAUGUGCCUUUGGCUGUCGCUGUCUUUUUUUUUCCAGGUAGACCUCAAUGAGGAAAAUAUUCCGAUAGUCAUUGUGGCCUGCUGUAGUCUCCAUAAUAUUUGUUAAUUGAAGGGGGAAAAGUUUCCCCAGGGUGGGCCACUGAGGCUGAUCAACUGGCUGCUGAUUUUGAGCAGACAGACAGAUGGCAAUUAGAAGAGUGCAACAGGAGGCUAUUCAAAUCAGGGAGGUUUUGAAGAAGCUUUUGACAGUGAUUCUCAGUAUUGUCUGUAUGUGAUGCAUUCAGCCAGACAAUGUUUACUUACCCCUGUAGUGCUUGCUUCUUGAGGAUUUAUUGCAAGGAGCAAAUAUUCCUACCUAUAACCACUGUGUUUCAGUGUUAGUACUGAGUGAUGUAUGUAUGACACAAAUAAAGACUCAAGUUUAAUAACGGGAUAAAACACAAAGUUUUGGACAAACGGAACAUGAAAAUGAACAUUCUUGAGGUUAGGACUUUCAUAGCUGGGUGUAAUUCCAGUUUUCAUUGGAAAAUCAUUCUCAAGCAUGGCGUGCACAGGUUACUGUGAGGGACUGGAAACACACAAUGAAUGCAGUGGGGGAGUUGGGGGAGGGAUGGACCAGAGUUCUGUAGUGGCUGGAGGGAGUUUGGCGUGGAUUUGCUCUGAUUGCAGGCUAAUGAGGGACUUCAACAUCUCUGUCUGGUCCAGGAGGUUUAUCAUCCACUCCUGCCCAUGUCCCUUCCUGGCUAUCAAGCCUCAGUCUUUCAUUAAUUUGUCUCCCUCCAUGCUCUUGUUUCACUAUGUGCUGCAUCUAUUGACUGCAGCACUUGUCAAAACAUUUCCUCCUCAUUCCUCCUGGGUUUGCUCCUUUAUUUGAUGGAGGCUCUCUGCCAGUGUGGAGGAUUGUGUUCUCAAGGCACAUGUGCAGAAGGCAAAAGAACAGUGAACAGAGAUAAUAUUGUGAGUGCGUUCACAGACGUGAAUCACAAAAGUUACACACACCUCUUUCUCACAGUCCCUUGGAUAGCACACAGUUGGCCAAGAAUCCCAAUUAUGGUGAGUUCAGGAGAGGAGGAAAGGAAAGGGCAAGAAAGUACAAAGGGUGAUUUUUUGAAGGGAUUACUAUUAGUGGCUAGGGAGCCUUUUCUGAAUACUUGUACCCUUUUCCACAAGCUAGGGCAAUCAAACCCGAUAUCUCACUCCUCAGGGUAAUUCAGGAUGCAAGGGAACAUCUCCUGCCUGCAUGUGGUUUCAGACCAGCUCUGUAUGCUGCUUGUCUGUGUGCCACUUUGGUUCCUGCAAAAAUAAUUGCCGGGUGGCGCGGUAGAGUUUUCAUACACUGGGGGUAGAAACAAGGCAGCUCUACCAAGGAACCUUUGGCAGCGGAUUGCAGAGUACCUACAAGAAAGUUUCCUAGAGAUCACUGUGGAGGAUUCCAGAGACAUACCCAUGUACAUGAAUAAAUUUUUCUGCUGUGGCCCCACUACAUAGAUGAACAGACUCUGUUGUUAAUUUCUGUCCCUUAUCCCACCUCCAACAUAUAACAAAGUACAUGAGAGCUCAAUCUCCUGUCACCAUGCAGUAUGAAAGCAAAAUGAGCACUUACCAGAGCUCUCCUCUCCUGCAUCCUCCGUGCCAAAGCCAGAGUGCUGGGAUUAGUUAUACCCCUCCGGAUUGGAAAAGAGAUCCUGACUCACUGUGCCACUUGAUGACCCUGUCUUGUGCUCUACAUCAUCUUCCAGCUCCACCUCCAUCUCCAUGUCCACCACUUCCUCACUGGAGUUGAGUCUGAUGGCCGUUGCCUCCAUGCCCCUGAAGUAUCCAUGGGGCUCUUGGUGGUGAAGAUGGGGUCGCUGCCAAGGAUGUCGUGCAGUUGCUUAUAGAAGCAGCAUAUCUUUGGUACUGCACCAGAGCGACGAUUGGCCCCCCUUGCUUUCUGCUGGCUACAGAAUUUCCAUCAGAAGAUAUUCUCUUAGUAACAGCUUCUCCAGUUAUAAAAGCAAUAACAAAUUUCAAACAGGUCUCCAAAACACUAGAGGAAUUUGAUGUUGAAGAACAACCAAGCACUAUGUUAGAAAAACGGUAUCCCAACAUUAAAGUUAUAGAGUCUGGAGUGAAACAGUUGAAAAGUCAGGAACAUAAAAUUUUCACAGAAGAUGGCAAACAGUGUAUAUAUGAAAAACUUUGCUUAUGUGCAGGAGCAAAACCUAAGUUAAUUUUUGAAGAAAACCCAUAUGUAUUAGGAAUCCGGGAUACUGACAGUGCUCAGGCCUUUCAGAAUCAUUUGGCUAAAGCUAGAAGAAUAGCAGUUGUGGGAAAUGGUGGCAUUGCUCUCGAAUUAGUGUAUGAAAUUGAAGGAUGUGAAGUGCUUUGGGCCAUCAAAGACAAAGCCAUUGGAAAUACUUUCUUUGAUGCAGGAGCAGCUGAAUUCCUUAUUCCAAAGCUAACAGCUGAGAAAUUAGAGACUGCAAUUGCAUGUAAAAGAACCAAAUAUACGACAGAAGGAAGUGAGAAGGAAGAAGGAAGUGUGGCAGCAGCUGACAAACUUGGCACUGCCUUAGGCCCUGAUUGGCAUGAGGGCCUACAUCUUAAAGGAACUAAAGAGUUUUCUCACAAAGUUCACAUUGAAACACUGUGUGAAAUAAAGAAAAUAUACUUUCAGCAAGAAUUCAAGCAGCUGCAGAAGACCUCUUUGUCUUUUCCUAAAGACAAUUCAGAUAACCAGAAUGCACACCUAGAUGAAGAGCUGUGGCCUGUAUAUAUGGAAUUAACCAAUGGGAAGAUAUAUGGCUGUGAUUUCAUUGUCAGUGCAACUGGAGUUGUGCCAAAUGUUAAGCCAUUUCUUGAUGGUAAUAAUUUUGCACUAGGUGAAGAUGGCGGUCUGAAAGUGGAUAAACAUAUGCACUCUUCAGUAGCAGAUAUCUAUGCAGCAGGGGAUAUCUGCACUGCAUCGUGGGAACCUAGUCCAGUGUGGCAGCAGAUGAGGCUUUGGACCCAGGCUAGACAGAUGGGAUGGUAUGCAGCAAAGUGCAUGGUAGCAGAUUUUUUAGGGGAAUCUAUUGACAUGGACUUCAGUUUUGAACUCUUUGCUCAUGUUACAAAAUUUUUCAAUUAUAAGGUGGUGCUUUUGGGAAAGUACAAUGCUCAGGGUUUGGAUUUAGACCAUGAACUAAUGUUGAGGUGUACCAAAGGGCAAGAAUAUGUCAAAGUGGUGAUGCAGAACGGACGAAUGAUGGGAGCUGUAUUGAUCGGUGAAACAGACUUAGAAGAAACCUUUGAAAACUUGAUUUUAAAUCAAAUGGAUCUUUCAGCAUAUGGGGAAGAUCUCCUAAAUCCAAAUGUUGACAUAGAGGAUUAUUUUGACUGAAACAAAAACAUUGCUCUCCAUGAUUUGAUUUAGAGUUUGGACUUUCCGUGCUGUGGUUUAUAUAACAAUUUACUCAGAAUUUACAGAAAUCAAGUAACCAGGUGUAAUUACAAUUCUGGAGUGAAGAUACUGUGCUGGUACUGCCAGGCACUAAGAGGCAGUUGGGAGAUACGUGCUGAAAUGGAGCAGCACAAAAAAAAAAAUUCUUCAGCAUAUCAGGGCAAAGUGUAUAUACGUCUACUGUAAAUCAGAUUGAGAGGUUUUUUUUAAAACAGGAAUUUUUCACAUUUUAGUAAUAUAGUACUUGAAAACAUUCAACUGUUUCAACCUAAUUGGAAUUAUAUAGUGUUUGACAACUGGCUUUUCCUUCCUUGUCGUUCUUAACCUAGCAAAUCCAGUGUGGUGGGAGUACUGCGCUGGCUUGUCCCAGAAGUGCCUGAUUGCAGCUUUGGGCAGGUAGAGCACAAAGGCAUUUAAAGAAAGAAGUAGUGGUCACUGCAUUUUCAGUAUCACCUGCAGGAAGACUUGCAUUAACAGAAUCUCCUGGAGGAGCCUUACGCUUGGUAACUGGCACAUCAUGUCAGUUUGGGCAUCAUACAGAUUUUCAUUGGCCCAUUCCCAAAGGGAAUUAAGUUCAUCGUGGCCCCUUGUGUCCAAAUGUGUGUGCAGCUUCUUCCCAGGUAACUGACAUGGUCAUUUAAGAAAGACACUUUUAAAGUGGGUUUGUUUUUGCUAAGACUGUUUUUUUUCCUCAGAUUUAUUUGCACUUUGUUUCCAGAGAGAGGUUGUGGAGGAAUUAAAGCCUAAAACUUGUACUGUAGCAAUUGCCAAUGGAAUAUUUAAUUUUGAGCUGCAAAAUUGUUUUUAUUUCUGCCACUAAAAUAAAUUUAACAAUCUAGCACAUAGUAUCUUGAAAGUUAUACAAGUGGCAUGUUAUAAAUGGUGAUAUAAGGGUGCAAACCAACUCAAACACAAGCACAGCUAGCUUUCAGUAUCUGCUAAUCCUGGAAAAUAAGUGCUCAAAGGAGCGAAGAACUUUAAAGCAAUUCCUAAAUAACAAGCUACAGCAAUGAGAUUUUAAUAUAAAGUAUUAAUUUCCAAAGCACUAUUUGUUUUUAAAUUAACAGCAUGGUGCACAUCACUGAAUCAGGAUGGCCAUUUUCAAUGAAAACUUCUUCUAGAAAAUCCUUUUAGCCUAAUUAUGUAGUAUUCAUUGCUGUUCAUAAAUAAGAUGGAGUGAAUUAAUUUCACUGAAAGGGAAGCUUUCAUUUAAGGGGUGCUUAAUCCUGUGUGAAAUUUUAAGCUUUAAUCUUAACAGACAAAUUACUACAAGAAACAAUAAAGAUGAAUCAAAACAAGUAGUUUUUAAUGCAGUACAAAACUAUUUUAUCUGUGGAUAUCUCUGGGGGAAAAAGUGGUCUUAAAGGGAAAAUUAGACUUACAUUUAUUCCCAAAACUAUACUAGGGCUCAGAGCCAGAAAUACUGAAACAAGGAAGUUCAGCAUUAUUACAGAUGCUCCAUCACUGACACCUGCUGUUCAGAGAAAGGGGUGUGGAGGGGAAGCAUGACUGUAUGAGAGAGAUGAAACUUAAUCCAAGCUCCUCAUAGAAGAGGUUAUUUAUCAUGAAGCACUAACCUACAAACAUCAGGUGUGACCACCCUCUGUGUCCCCAGCCCCAGCCAAAUCAGCAGAAGAUAAAUGUAAUUUUAACCAACUGGAAAAGCCGUUAGAUAAAUACAGCAUGUAAGAGUUAGUUCGCUCAAGUUUUCAACCGUAUAGGUGCCUAAAUAUAGCUUUAUUGUAGGUACCUUAUUUUUUUUUAAACUUGACAAAUGCAUAUUUAUGUAGGUGAUUUGCCAGAGCUGCAGGUGGAAUCUUGCAUCACGUCUGCUCCUAUUAAAUUUACAUCUAAGCAUGUGAAGUCACUCGCUUAUUAAAUUCAGCUAUAAAAAAAAUUUCUUUUGGGGGA